CGUCGUAUUGCAGUUUGGCAAAGGAGGUCGGCGGUGCGCGACGACACAAUGGCUUGGUUAACAACUCUCUCAAUACUGGCGGUGUGCCAUACAGGAUUAGCCGCAUACACUAAGUUUCCUGACGGCUUUACAUUCGGUGUGGCAACAGCUUCCCAUCAAAUCGAGGGUGCUUGGAAUGUCAGCGGGAAAUCCGAAAAUGUGUGGGAUCGUUUAACCCACACCCGCCCUGAGAUGAUAGCUGAUGGAACCAACGGAGAUGUUGCAUGUGAUUCGUACCAUCGUUACCUUGAGGAUGUGGAGGAGCUCACUUACCUUGGCGUUGAUUUUUACCGGUUCUCGCUUUCCUGGUCACGGAUAUUGCCAACUGGUUUCUCGGAUCACGUGAAUCCUGACGGAAUUCGGUACUAUAACGCUCUCCUCGAUGCUCUUGCCGAGAAAAAUAUCGAGCCUCUUGUCACACUCUUUCACUGGGACUUACCUCAGUCAUUACAAGACCUCGGAGGCUGGACUAAUUCCAAAAUGGUUGAUUAUUUCCGUGAUUACUCCGACGUGUGCUACAGGGAAUUCGGUGACAAGAUUAAGUCGUGGAUUACUAUUAACGAACCCUACGAGGUAUGCGAAGAUGCCUAUGGCGAUAUUAAGAAGGCCCCCGCUUUGGACAGCCAUGGCAUCGGCAACUAUCUAUGCAGUGAUAAUUUACUGAAGGCUCACGCUGAAUCUUAUCAUCUCUACAACGAAAAGUACCGCCCUACUCAAAACGGUACAGUUAUGAUUUCUAUUAAUUCGAUCUGGUAUGAACCUAGCGAUCCGGAAAAUGCAGAGCAGGUUGCGUUGGCUGAAACUGCCAAUCAGUUUAAAUUCGGUUGGUUUGCACAUCCAAUAUUUACCAACGAAGGUGGUUAUCCUGAAGUUAUGAUUGAAAAUGUCGCAAAGCAAAGCGCAGCUGAAGGUUUCAGCAAGCCCCGAUUAGAACAGUUUGAUGAUUAUUGGAUUCAAAGGAUUAAGGGAACUUCCGAUUUUCUGGGUAUUAACCACUAUGCUACACACUUGAUUACUGGCCCCGGAAUCGACCCAAUAGCUAAAUCCCCGUCCUGGUUGAAGGAUACUGGCUCCAUUACUAGUCUAGAAGUCGGCGGAGAUUCAGCUUCGGAGUGGCUUAGGGUGGUGCCGACUGGCUUCGCUAAUCUGCUACGUUGGUGCAAGAGCUCGUACAAUGACCCACCGAUUUACAUAACUGAAAAUGGAUUUUCCGAUCGCGGUACCUUGCAAGACUACGGACGCAUCCAGUAUUACAACGACUAUCUGUCUGCGAUAUUGGAUGUUAUCUACGAUGAUGGCGUGAGAGUCCUGGGUUACACCGCGUGGACUCUUAUGGACAAUUUCGAAUGGCGUGCUGGAUUCACGGAACCUUUUGGCUUCUACCACGUGGACAUCACCGAUCCGGACCUACCGAGGACUCCUAAACUCUCAGCAGAUAUUAUCGCCGCUCGUCGCCACCGCGACUGCCCAGGACGAGCGUUUUAAGGACCCAGCUGUGAGGAAAUAAAUCCUAAGAGUAUCCGGCUGAUGAAAUAUUAACAACUAAAAAAAAGCACGCAUCACUAAUCACUAUUGUACGUAGUUUACAUAAUGC